UCGAUUGGUAUGCCCUGGCCGAGCGGGAAUGGGGAAAGCGCAGUUAACUUUAGCUACCUAAUCUUGCUAGCGGACUAGCUAGCUAUCCAAGUGCAUUACGUUGGCUGGAGUUAAAUGCUGGAGCCAUGGACUGGGCCCAAAAUGCGUUGCUGUCACCUAUCGUUCGGGACACCGAGGUGACCCGCGCUGCUCGCAGAAAAAGCAGCCACAAAAAGGUGGCCUUCCCCUCUCCUCACGAUGACUCCCCCAGUGCCAGCAUCACCCCCGCCCGUCCCCUGCUGCGCCACACGCCUGGAUCCCUCUUCAAACAGACGUUCACUCCCAGGAGCGCCCUGAGGAACCCCGACGUGUCGGCCAUCCUGGGGACCGGCAGCAGGUCGCCACGCUACAUCCACACGCCCCGCCCCCUGGGCAUGAGCAUGACUCUGGACGACAGUGACUGGACCAACAGCCCGUACCUCUCCCCUGCGUCGGUGGCGGCAGACGCCAGCAUCACUGACGAGGUCAACAUGAGUUCAGUCAUGCUGAAGGAGGAGGACCCUGGAGAGGCAGCUGCCAUGAGCCUGUUCCCAGAGUUCCUGCAGUCCUAUCUCAGACACUCCUCCAGUGCUGUGUUUGAGCUGCUCGAGGAGUACGAAACCAUCUGUCAAGAUAAGGUGGACGUGCUGCAGAGGCUGGUCCUGAGGGCCACGCCCGGCCAGCAGAAAUUCUCCAAGACCAGCAGCGUCAAGUGGCUGCUGCAGCAGGAGAUGGUGACCUGGCGCCUCGUCACCUCCCUCUACAGGGACAGAAUCCAGACUGCUUUGGAGGAUGACAUCAUGAUGGAUGUGGCGGCUCCUAGUGAGAGUGAGAAGGUGGUGAUGGAGCAGCUCUUCCACAGGGACUCAGUGGUGCGGCAGAGUCAGCUUGUGGUCGAUUGGCUGGAGAGCAUUGCGAAAGAUGAAGUGGCGGAUUUUGCAGACAACAUAGAGUUCCAUGCCAAGUCCGUGUAUUGGGAGAACACCCUACACACCCUGAAGCAGAGAAGAAGUAUCUCCUAUACGGGCUUCAACAGGCCCCUGGUCACUGAGUUGGACCCCGACGCCCCGAUUAGACAGAAGCGCCCACUGGCUGACCUGGACCGGGAGGACGACGCCCGGCUGCUGAAGUACCUGUUCACCCUGGUGCGGGCGGGCAUGACGGAGGAGGCACAGAGGCUCUGUAAGCGCUGUGGUCAGGCCUGGAGGGCAGCGACGCUGGAAGGCUGGAAGCUCUACCACGACCCCAACAUCAACGGAGGAGGGGUGGAGCUGCAGCCCGUGGAGGGGAACCCCCAGCGCUGUGUGUGGAAGGUGUGCUGCUGGAGGUUGGCAGAGGAGGAGCAGUUCAACCGGUACGAACGCGCGAUCUACGCUGCCCUGAGUGGGAACCUCAAACAGCUGCUCCCAGUGUGCGAGUCGUGGGAGGACACGGUGUGGGCGUACCUCCGCGUGCUGGUGGACACGCUGGUGGAGCAGGAGGUGCGCUCCUCUGGCAUGGGGAGCGAGGAGCUGGAGGAGCUGCCGCGGGAGUACCUGGAGGCCAACUGGACUUUGGAGAAGGUGUUUGAGGAGCUGCAAGCCACAGAAUCAAAGAGGGUGCUGGAGGAGACCAAAGAGUUCUAUCACAUCAUCCAGAAGUUCGUCAUCCUGGGGGACCUGGAUGGCCUGGUGGACGAGUUCAGUGAUUGGCUGGCGGGGGGGUCAACACUGCCCGCCCACCUGCUGCGCUUCAUGGCACACCUGCUGCUCUUCUACCGUAGCCUGGGCAUGCAGCUCAAGGAGGAGGUAUCUGUGGAUGUUCUGAAGGCUUACAUACAGCUGCUGGUCAGUAGAAGGCAGGUCGAUCUCAUCGCCUUCUAUGUCAGCCACCUGCCCCCGGACAUGGCGGUGGCCCAGUACGCCCAGUUCCUGGAGUCAGUGACGGAGACGGAGCAGCGCAAGCACUGCCUGGAUCUGGCCCGGGAGGCAGGACUGGAGGUGGCUGCUGUCACUAAGACUCUGGUGGAGAACGUCAGAGAGAGGGACACGGAUGACUUUGCACACCAUGACCUCACCCCUGCAUUGGACACAGGAACCACUGAGGAGGACAUGCGGAAGAUUGAUGUCAUCGACUGGCUGGUGUUUGACCCCUCCCAGCGCGCCGAGGCCCUGAAGCAGAGCAAUGCCAUUAUGAGGAGGUUCCUGGGCUCCAGAAAGCACGAUGCUGCCAAGGCUGUCUUCGCCAAGGUCCCUGAGGACUCCAUGCGAGAGAUCUACAGGCAGUGGGAGGAGCAAGGAAUGGACACGCCCCUGCCCGCCGAGGACGCAAACGCCAUUCGCGAGCACCUCUGCAUCCGUGCCUACUUGGAGGCGCACGAGGCCUUCAAUGAGUGGUUCAAGCACAUGAACUCCCCCCCACAAAAGCCCACGCUCCCUCCCCAGGCCAAGUUCACAGAGAAGGUGGCCCACGACAUGAAAGAGAAGGAGUACAAGAUGGAAUAUGACAACUGGAAGGGCCGUCUGGAGUCCCUGACUGACGAUGUGAAGGAGAGGAUCUACAACGUGCUGCUGUUCGUGGACGGGGGCUGGAUGGUGGACGUCCGGGAGGAUGCGGAGGAGGACCCCGAGCGUUCCCACCAGAUGGCGUUGUUGCGGCGGCUCUGCCUGCCCAUGAUGACCUUCCUGCUGCAGACCGUGCUGCACAGCACAGACCAGCACCAGGAGAGCCUGCGCUUGGCUGACAUCAUCGCCUCCGACCAGCAUCGCCUCUACCAGGUUUUCUCCAAGGAGGAGCUGCGUAAGUUUAUGCAGAAGCUGCGGGAGUCGUCUCUGCUCCUUUUGGAUCGAGGGCUGGACCCGUUGGGCUAUGAGAUCCAGUCCUAACACCUCCCCUGACACCAUGGCUCUGAACAUCUGUCUCUAUUUUGGGUUAUUUUGUAUCUGUGUUUGAAAAUAAAUUUGGG